AUGGAGAUUCCGGGUGUCAAGUUGACAUUUACGACGUGGGUGAAAAUGCUGUUCGGAUGGCAGCCAAAAGCCGUUUACAAGCCCGCACCCAUUCAUAUCGCAACAAACCCGUACCGCGCGCGCAAGAAAUGGCCACCUGACUUCCGUGAUUUGGAUUCGAAACAGCAAUUUCACUUCGAGAAGGUCUACCGCCGUCGAGCGGCCUUGAAAUGGGCCAGGCCAACAUGGAAUAAGAGCAUCAAGAUUCUCCAGCAAACCCUGAUUACAUUCACGCUGAUCUAUUUCAUCUUCAUCUGUGAGCCGGCACACGGCCAGGGAACGCCAUUCGAUGGGUUUCGCGCUUGGUUUUUCAGCAAAAUCGGAAACCUAGCUCAACUACCGGACGCCACAAAGGAGGAGGCAGGAAAGCUGAGCGAGGAAGCUCUGCAGAAAAUGAAAAGGCCGACAACAGCGGAUAUGGACGCUUCUCCUGUUGACGCCUAA